UUAAACAGUUAUCGAAGAAUUUACACACGAAGAUCAUCAAGUGAGUGAUUAAUUAAGAAAAAUUAAGUUAAUGGCGUCCAUUAAGGAAACAGCGGCCAACGUUGCAGCAUCUGCUAAGGCUGGCAUGGACAAGACCAAGGCCACUGUCCAAGAAAAGGUAGAGAAAAUGUCAGCACAUGAUCCGGUGCAGAAACAAAUAGCAACAGAUAAGAAAGAACAGAGAAAAGCAGAGGCGGAAUGGAACAAACAGGAGGCGCGUGAGCAUAAUGCAGCCGCCAAGCAAGCGGAGAAAGCUGGCGCUCAUGCUCCGUCGUAUACUGCUGCUGCUGGUGGUGCACCUACUACUGGGUAUCAGACGCAAACUCAUACCCACUCUGUGACUGGGGCCCCUGGUCAGUACCCUACCGGCACCCAUCAAAUAUCUGGUAUGCCUGGGCAUGGAACUGGUCAGCCUUAUGGUGGACAAGUUGAUUCAUCUGGGUUAGCCGGGACUGCGCCAACUGGGUUGCCUGGUCACACCACAGGACAUAACCCACUUGUUUAGUGCAUAUUCAUCAUAGGGUGGAAUUUGUGGGUCUUGGUUUAAUUUGUGGUUCAGUACCGUUCCAAUAUAUGGAACGUGUUCUUCAAAAUAUAUUUUUAAUGUAUUUUGAUGUUUUUAGUUUGGACUGUUAAUGUAUUUAGUUGAAUAAAAUUUGAGUUUUCGUUUUUA